AUGCGUGGCUUGUCUACUCUAGCAUGGUUUGCGUUUCUCUCCUUAUCGGCGGCGCUUGACCUUUCUGAUUCAGGCGAAGAUGGCAUGCGGUCGCAGCGAGAUCUUUCGGACCGAGUUCCUAUCGACCACCUUUCUGGGCUCGGCGUCUCGCUCAACCGUCUUCUUUUUGACCAUAGAGGGUACACCAACGACAUACACGAUACACUCUCGCAGAUGUUGGACUUACAGAUUGGCGCCAUAUUGAUUGAUGUUUUUUGGAGCAAGCAGACGCAAACAUGGCAACUCUGCCCUGUUGAAUUCCCUCUGAAUGCUACAGAUAACGACGAAAUCAAAGUCAGAGGAAAUGGCAGGCAGUACAAAUGUCAGCCAAGCUUCACGCUCUCGUGGUUGAUGAAAACGGUUAGUCUGUAUUUGAGGAGCUCUGACGUCCGGUCCAAUGCCAAUGUGUUACAGAUUAUGCUCCGUUUGCUCAACGCAGGAGAUAGAGAGGAGAAGGAAGAGAGAGAUCUCAUCGAACACCCGUUUGAAUCAACUUUAGAAGAGCGAGAAGAUCACAAGAAUGCUCAUGGACAAGAGGAGAUGAAUGGUCCGAGUGAAAUGCCAGACGAUUUGUCAGAUGAUGAAUUGAACAGCGCAAAUGAAUGGCCUGACGAACAGUGGACAGACUCAUAUGAAGAUGAACUUUUUAAACGAUUUGGGUCAGACGACGACAUGAAUGCUGUUUUCAACCCGGCAGCGACCUUUGGCGGGAAAAACGUAAGUUCCAAUGUGACAGAUGAGCGAAAUGCUAAUGCUUCGCUUGUCCACGAGUUAGCACCGCUUGGGCAUUUUUUAUUCACACCCAACGACCUAGACUCUUACUGGAAGGAGGGCGUUUCAGGAAAUUCGACUGAAUAUUUGUCACUAUUUCCGUCCCAAAUGGAAUUUCUCUACGACUGGAAUAAACGCGUGGUGGCGUUCGUGGUAGAGCAGAAAUCUGACUACAAUAUCCUGGAAGCUGACCGUGUGUCUGUUUUCUUCCCCAACUCGUCGCAUUGGGUCCAGACUGACACCGAUCCAGACAGCCGGGUGAUCUCGCAAUGCCAGGCAGUGCAGCGAAACUUUUCUGUGGGGGCACUCGACUCACUUUUGAGUGCCCUGCUGUUUCGUUCCGCCUUUGACGACGACACCCAGCCUUUCACCAACGAUUCUCUCCGUGCACACAUCUCCUGCGGUACUACAGCGGUUCUUAAUGCGCUGAAUUACAAUGCGCCGUUAGGAGACACCAUGAACACAUUUGUGAGUAAUAGUUUUUGGUCGUGGGCACCAGAUGAACCGCGGUCAGAAGAUGACGACCGCAGGCAAAAUCAAAACCGGCGCGGAGGGAAUAAUGGCAACGGCGAGGACGAUGAUGAGUGGCGCUGCGUCGUGACAACUCCUGAGGGCUGGGAAGUGGCUAAUUGCCACGAGAAGCUUCGUUUGGCGUGCCAAAGCGGAGAAAAUCCCUUCAACUGGACGGUUUCCGAUUCUGCCCACUAUUACUUUGAGUCCAGUGACGUAAACUGUCCUCACGGCUAUUACUUCGGUGUCCCAAGACUGAGCUUGGAGCAACUUUCGCUUGUAGCUCAGCUCCACACUUUCAACGACACGCGAUUGUGGAUUGAUGUCAAUGAUGUUGCAGUACAGGGCUGUUUUGUCACAGGCGGUCCCCUUGCGGAUUGUCCGUACAGACGACAGGUUCUGGGAAACGAUCUUGCACUCCGCGUGGCCCCCAGUGUGGUUGUGGCGGCGAUAAUAUUUGUGCUGAUUUUAUACGAGCUGUUGGGGCGCAUCACUCCGAUCCACACGAAUAGAAGGCGCCACUGGCGACGUGUGCUCGACCAGUACUAUAAGGAGAACGAUUACGAGGGUGUUCCGUCAUAG